AUGGAGUUCGAUACUAAAACUCCACCCUAUUUGACUAGCGACAAGUUGUCCUUCGCAUACAUUUCCGCUCGAGAUAGAUGGCCCGUGAUAGUUACCCAAGCCGUCGACGAUCUAUAUCGCUCCGUUUCCGAAUGCCAAGAUCCCGAGAAACAAGAGGAGGGAAAGAAGAUAAUAGAAGAACUGUCUCGACUCAAAUAUGAGCUACAACAUGAUCGACAGCUUACACCGAUACGAGACGACGGUGGUGCCGAUGUAGCCAUCUACAACCGCGAACUAGAGCAGCUAGGAACUCCAAGUUGGUUUAAUAUUCCAUGGCUCUUCUGCGAAUGUUAUCUUUACAGACGCCUCAACACGUCCUUUAGCCUAUCAAAGCACUGGAAGACCUACGAUGUGUUUUACCGCCAAAAGAUCAAGACCUUCCGCUCGUCGAGACCCGCAGUUAUCGAACUUGCCGCCCGGUAUAAGGACCUAGUAACCCAAAUAGAACAAGAUAAAUUCAAGGCCGGCACCGGCUCCGAACAUGAAGAAGCUGAAAAGAUACUCUUCUUCGAGAUGUGCGAGAUCUGCUUGUGGGGCAAUGCAACAGACUUAUCACUGCUAACCAGUCUCACAUACGAGGACAUUCAAAAACUACAAGGGUCUGAAGCUAGAAAGGCAUCUGAGAAGAAUAUUCUUGUGAAUGAUCUAGGAGCCACUUACGAAGUGUUGAAAAAGGCCAAAGACGAGGGUAGAAAGGAACGUCGGGUGGAUAUUGUAUUGGAUAAUGCCGGGUUCGAACUUUACGUGGAUCUUAUUCUAGCCGGCUACCUAUUAUCAUCCGGGCUUGCGACUCUCGUUGUUCUCCACCCGAAGUCGAUCCCCUGGUUUGUGUCGGACGUCUUGCCAACAGACUUCGCCGCUCUGCUCAGUGCUUUAGCUGAUCCGAGACGAUUCUACGAAACACCCUCCGAAGAGGAUAAACUGCAAAACAAUACCCCCUCGCCAUUGGCCGACAAAGAUGUCACAGAUCUUGGCUUUCUCUUCCAGGAGUGGGCACGUAUGCACGCUGAAGGCCAGCUUAUCAUGAGACCUAACACUUUCUGGACCCACCCGGGUAGUUAUUGGAGGCUUCCUUCAACGGAAAAGGAUCUGUACGAAGAUUUGAAGACUAGCGAGGUGGUGAUCUUCAAGGGCGAUUUAAACUAUAGGAAACUCACUGGUGAUGCUGCAUGGGACCCAGCAACUCCCUUCACCGAGGCAAUCGGACCUCUUGGUCCCGGCUCUGGAGUCAAUGUUCUCGCCCUUCGGACAUGCAAGGCUGAUGUUGUCGUCGGGCUUAAGCCAGGUCUAGACGAAGAAAUCCUAGCCACAGAAGGUGGAGGUGGAGAUUCUGGCGCUAGGAAAUGGGCAUGGAGCGGUAAGUGGGCAGUUGUAUCUUUCUCGAACGGUAAAUAA